AUGGCCACAGUAGACAAUACUGUCCCCAGGCAGAAGUGGUGGAAGAUUCAGUGGUACUCGGACGAUGACACCCCCGAAGAGCGCAAAUUUAUCAUCAAACUGGACCUCAUCGUCGUUCCCUACGCAGUUCUGGCUUACUGGGUCAAGUACAUUGACCAAGCAAACUUGAAUAAUGCCUACGUCGGAGGUAUGAAGGAGGAGCUCGGCUUCAAAGGAAACGAGCUUGUCGAGCUUCAGACGAUGUACACCGUCGGCGCGGUGGUCGGCAUGGUGCCCUUCAUGUUCAUAUUCACCUACGUGCCAAUGUACUGGACGAUCCCCGCCAUGGAUGUGCUUUGGGGUCUCUUCACCCUGCUUCAAUACAGAGCACACUCGUUUGGGGAGAUGGCGGCGUACCGCUUCAUGGUGGGCUUCUUCGAGGCCGCCUUUUUCCCCGCCAUGCACUACGUAUUCGGCUCUUGGUACCGCGGACACGAAAUCGCACGACGAGGCGGCCUCUUUUACACCGGACUCAAUCUCGGAACCCUGACCGCAGGCCUCAUCGCAGCCGGAGCCUCGCACCGUCUCGAAGGCGUCAACGGCAUGGCCGGCUGGCGCUGGAUGUACAUUAUUUGCGCCAUCAUCACCGUCCCCGUCGGCAUUCUAGGAUACUUCCUCCUCCCGGGUACCGUGGAGCAGCCGAACCGCUGGAUUCUCAACGACCAAGACAUCAAGAUUGCAAAGUCUCGCCUCGAACGCGGCGGACACGUCACCCGCGGCAAGUUCAAGCUCGGAGACCUGAAGAAGAUCUUUCUCAGCCCGCAGUUCUGGACCGUCGUGCUCGUCGACGUGCUGUUUUGGAACGCCGGCAUCCAUAAGAGCACCGGCAGCUUCCUGCUUUGGAUCAAGAGCUUGGGCCGCUACAGUCCGGCGCAGGUCAACGAGAUGGGGACCAUUGCGCCCGCCUUGGGGAUCCUGUACAACAUUGUGGCGUGCUUCCUGUCCGACUUGGUGCUUGGCCCCGCGUGGGCCAUUACCUUUUCCUCGCUGUGGAACGUCACGGGCCUCAUCAUGCUCGUGGUCUGGGACGUGCCCGAGGGUGCCAAGUGGUUCGCCUUCUCGACAAUGUACUGGUCCAACGCACUCUCCAGUGUGUUGCAUGGCUGGGUCAACACCAUUCUCCGAGACUCUCCAGAACAGCGGUCAUUUACCCUCGUCAUGAUCACCAUUAUUGCCCAGUCAUCAACAGCCUGGACACCACUGCUGACAUUCCCGACCGUCGAGUCGCCGAGCUAUCCCAAGGGAUUCUCAUUCUGUCUGGGAUGUGCUGUUGCGCUCAUUGUAGCGACGCACGUUCUCGAUAUGUACAUCAAACGCAAGGAAAAAGCAAAGCAUGCGCAGCUCGAAAGCGGGAGCAGCCACGACGACAGCUUCGUUAAUGCUUCUGCUGGCGCUACUGGGAAGACUGCGAACGCUCAAGUCUCGCCGGUAGUCAAUACCUCGGAAGAGUCUAUAGCACGGCACUGA